AUGCAGUUCAGAGCUGUUAUACGCUGGAAUGGGAAGCUAGUCACAUCAAUUAAAUUUAUUAAUCCGCUCAGUCCCCCAAACAAUACUGUGCCAUUGAGUGGAUAUAUCCCUCACUAUCUAACACAUAUUCCCCUUACCCUACAUCGCAGGGUAAUUGCAUCAAGUUGCAACAAGGCGUGCACAAUCACAAUCAAACGCCGAUCUACGCCACUUCUUCGCACGCCAGCCCCAUUGCACAAUCAUAAAGGGCAUCCUUUUACAGAUGUAAGCGGUGAUCAGUUUCCCGUUUGGUGACGCCCGCCCCAAUUAACCUUGAGUACUCCAACGGACGUGGCCACAUGCCACACACACCCCGACGGCACACUGACGGGGUUUAUGGUUGAAACUUUUAUGAAUCCACUGAACGUAAUGGACGAUCACUCUUCAUUCAGUUGCUGAACAACGGUUGCGUUUGGUUGCAGAUCGUUGAUUUCAUUACAAGCUUCGGUGGUGAAUCUUCUCGGAAAAACAAUCUCUGCUGUCCGCUCGGGCGCUGUAGCAAAAAUAUGCGUUUCGGAAGAUUAAUUAGCGGCGUUGUGUUGCUGCUGGGAGUAACCGCGCGUGUGUCGGGCAGCCGGGAGGAACCGAAAACGUUUCCGGGAGCGUCACUGGUGCUGCCGGCCGUUCUGCCAAUUCUUGGCACGAUCAUACCCACCCUCAUACCGGGCAUACAGGGUCCACCGGGAGCGCUCCCAGGAGUGUCCGUUUCGCACUCCACGUCCAUCGCCACCUCGGUGCACAAUCGACCGAUCGCUAUAAGCCAUAGUGGUUCGGUUUCCACCAACGGAAAUACGGAUGCUGGUUCGGGCGCUUCUGCCGGCUCGUCGCACCAUGGAUCCGUGACGGCCGAGAGUGCUUCAAGUACGAGGCGCAAAACUGGAUUCGCCAAAGCGCCACAGUUGAGCAAACGGUGGAGCAAAUUUUUCAAAAAGCUUGGUUAAGUUUGGAGAAUUGCAGAGAGAGAGAGAGAGGGCAGAACAAGAUGAAAUUGUGUGAAACAUUAAAAGAAAAUAAAACCCUUCUUUUUGGGGAAAUGAAACAUA